UUCUUCUUCUUCUCUCACUCUCUUCUUCCCCACACGGACGCACUUUGAGCUUCGAGCAAGGAAAAAAGGGAAGCUUGAAUCCCCCCCAAAUCCGCACCACCUCGAGCGACGCGAGCAGCCGCGCCCCCCGCACAUGGGCCUUGCCUCCCCGAUUCGGCCGUCCGGAGCAGCGAAAACCGCUUCUUGAUUUGCUCCCGGAGCUCUAGGAAGCGCCCAUUUCCCCCGGGGUUGGAGGUCUGGGAAGUGCUUGCUGGGAGCUGCUGCGGGGUUUGCUGCGCUGCGGGUGGCGGCGGGGGAGCAGAUCUCGGUUCUUUCCUUGCUGCGGUGGUCGAUCCGAUGGUGACUGAGAUGGCGACGCGGGGAGCGGAGGCGGGUGUCUGCGGUGGUGGUGGUGCCGGAGGCGGCGGCGCGGAGGCGGAGCGCGACUUCGAGCUUUUUCGUAGCGGCUCUGCGCCGCCCACCGUCGAGGGCGCCAUGUCCCUUGCGGCCAGCGUCGGCGGCGGCGGCGGUGGCGGAGGGGAUGAAGUGCUGCUGGAUGAUGAGCUCCGGGCUGACCCGGCUUACCAGAGCUACUACUACUCCAAUGCGCACCUCAACCCGCGCCUCCCGCCGCCGCUGCUCUCCAAGGAGGACUGGCGCUCCGCGCAGCACCGGCUCCGCUCCUCCUCCGGGCUCGGCGGGAUCGGCGACGGCAGGAGGCCGGCGGCCGGGGACGGGCUCGUGGGCCUGCCCGGGAUCGACCAUGCUCGGCAGCGGAGCUUCUCCGGUAUCUUCCAGGAGGACUCGAAUCAACGCAAUAUCAACAGACAGAGUGCCAAUCACAAUCGCAAUGACUUUCUGGAUUCUUCUGGCAUGCAGUAUGGUCUACAUCGUGAGACUGAAGCUAUGGGCAGUCUGCAGCGUGAGAGCAGUGAACAGAGUAUGGCUGAAAUUCAGAACAACGAUUUGUCAUCACGUGCAUAUGCAUCUAUUCUAGGACCCUCACUUUCUAGGAGUGCAUCCCCAGAUCCUGAGCUUGUGAGGAGGGUCCCUAGUCCAUGCCUGCCGCCAAUUGGUGUGAAAGUAAGUGCUUAUGAUAAAAAAAGUAAUGGUGGCUCGUCUUCCUUCCGCCGCAGUUCAUCUGCUGUUGGUGAACCUGAUGAUCUGGUAGCUGCUUUAUCUGGGAUGAACCUGUCAUCAUCUAGGGCUGGUAAUGGUCAAAAUAUGGACCAGUCUAAGCUCUACCAGGAUGUUGAUAAUGCCAAUAGGUUUCUCUUUGAUCGACAUGGUGAUCAAUCAAAUGGCAAUCAGCAGCACUCCUACAUGAAACGUCCUGAGCAAGGACAAUUCAGGGCACCUGAGGGGUAUUCUGCAAAUUCCGCUAAUUCUUCUAUGAUGAGAAAUCAGAUGAAUGCUGGUAAUUUCAUAUCAUCUGACAAUUCGUCUGUUGGGUCUGGCUUUGCUUCCCCUAGGAUCGGUUCGAGAUCUCCGGGAGGGAAUUUAUCUUCUAGGCAAAAUUUAGCUGGUGCCUCUAACUUUCUCAGCUACAAUGGAAUUGGAAGUCCAACUGGAGCAAAUGCUCUUCAGAUGCCUAUCGAUCCAGCAUAUGUUCAGUAUCUUGCUGCCCAAGUUGCGGCUAGUUAUGAAGAUCCUUACAUGGCCAGUGGUCUUCUGGGAAGUUCCUACAUGGAUUUACUUGGUCCUCAGAAAGCUUGUCUUAGCCCGUUGCUUCAGUCACAGAAGAACUAUGGCUGCUAUGGAAACCUUGGUUUUGGCCUUGGUUAUGCUGGAAGUCCUUUGACGAGUCCUGUUCUCCCCUCUUCACCUGUUGCAUCUGGCAGUCCACUUAGGCAUGGUGAACGCAGCAUGCGCUUUGCAUCAGGCAUGAGAAAUUUUGGUGGUUCAUUUGGUUCAUGGAAUCCAGAUCUGGUUGGAAAGAUGGACGGGAAUCUAAUGCCCUCACUUCUGGAGGAGUUUAAGAGCAACAAGAGCAGAACUUAUGAGCUCUGUGAAAUAGCUGGUCAUGUCGUUGAGUUCAGUGCGGAUCAAUAUGGGAGCAGAUUCAUACAGCAAAAGCUCGAAACAGCCAGUACGGAAGAGAAAGACAUGGUUUUUUCAGAAAUCAUGCCCCAAGCUCUCACACUGAUGACCGAUGUAUUUGGAAAUUAUGUUGUUCAGAAGUUUUUUGAGCAUGGAAGCACUACUCAGAUAAAGGAGCUCUCUGAUCAGCUUAUUGGGCGCGUCCUUGCUCUCAGUCUUCAGAUGUAUGGAUGCCGGGUUAUACAGAAGGCUAUAGAGGUCGUGGAUUUAGCUCAGCAGACUAAAAUGGUUGCUGAGCUGGAUGGACAUAUCAUGCGCUGUGUGCGUGAUCAAAAUGGUAACCAUGUGAUACAGAAAUGCAUAGAGUGUAUUCCUCAGGAUGUUAUCCAGUUCAUUGUCUCAACAUUUUACGGUCAAGUUGUGCUGCUAUCCACUCAUCCAUACGGUUGUCGGGUUAUACAGAGGGUGCUGGAGCACUGUGAUGAUCCCACAACACAACAAAUAAUGAUGGAUGAGAUUCUCCAGUCUGUUUGCUUGCUCGCUCAGGAUCAAUAUGGUAACUAUGUUGUUCAGCAUGUCCUGGAACAUGGCAAACCACAUGAAAGAACAGCUAUCAUUGAUAAGUUGAUUGGACAAGUUGUACAAAUGAGCCAGCAAAAGUUUGCUUCAAAUGUCAUUGAGAAGUGCUUAGCUUUUGGUAAUCCUGUGGAGCGGCAGAUCUUGAUUGGUGAAAUGCUUGGAUCCACUACUGAGAGUGAACCUCUUGAGGUAAUGAUGAAAGAUCAGUUUGCAAACUAUGUGGUGCAGAAGGUGUUGGAGACUUGUGAUGAUCAGCAGAGAGAGAUGAUCCUUACAAGGAUUAAAGCGCACCUGAAUACACUCAAGAAGUACACCUAUGGCAAGCACAUAGUUGCACGUGUUGAGAAGCUCGUCGCAGCUGGAGAAAAGCGCCUGGGGCUUCAACCGGCAUGCACUGCCGCCUGAAGGGCGAACACUGCAGUUGUACAGCUAACAGUGGCUAGGUUUGCGCUCGCUUUUUCCCCCAACUGAAAAAACCCUAUAAGACUAGUAUGGUAUGGUACCGUCAGGAAUAAGAUAUAAUCUUGGUUGCACCGGAGAGUGUACAUUCCGUAGCUGAGGAAGCAAGACUAAUCUGAAAGUAAGCUGUAAAGAGGAAGAAGAGGAGUAAGGAAAUGUUACCACUCUGCUCAUUGUACAAAUUUAGCACUAGAGAGAGAGAGAAAGCUGUUAGCUGUCUAAAAGUCGGAAUUAAAGCCGCUGCGACUAUUUUGUUUAUCCUGUUGUGUCUCGUGUCAAUACAAACAAACGAUGGUGGGCAUGCAUGCUGUUGUUGUAAGAUAAAUUCUGGGGCACUAGCCUUGUUUCCACUGUUUAAGCUGAAGUUAUUAGUAUCAGCUUACCCUGAACUGUUUGAACAGUUUGUUGUAUUAAUGGAGUGUUGUCUGUCCUGUAAUCUAAUCCCAGAAUGAUGAUAUGCAUGAAGUAAUGCUGGUGCAAGUUUCCUUUCCA